UGUUUUAAGUAAGACUGGGGCGACAAUUCCUUAUCAUCACUUUCGUUGAAAGCAUUAGAUAAUCAAUCAAUCAAUCAAUCGAGACAGAGAUCAAUUCGGUUUGUUUUGAUUUAAUCGGUUUUCUAAAAUUCACAUGGUUAUGCUAUCUUUCUCUUUUUGUAUCAUUUUUUUUUACAUCCAAGGACUUUUUUUGGUCAAAUGGGACUUAACCAUUUCUAAAUGUUUUUUUUCAUUUGCACAUGUGUUUGUAUCUUAAUGUUUCUUAUAAUUAUUUUGUGGAAAUAUGCAUUACCCACAAGGUCAUGUAUUCUCAGUUUCUCACCAUAAAUUUUCUAUAAAGGUUUUUAGUUCAUCAGAGAGCAUUUAAAGGACCUACAAGUUCUACAUCUUUCAUUUAGUUGCACAUGUCUUUGUAUCUUAAUAUUGUUACAUAUAUAUCUUCAUACAAGAUUCAUGCCCACAUGGUGUCUUCUCACCAGAUGUUUAAACCACAAGUUGAUUAACAGAUAUGGUUGAUUACUAACUUGGAUCCCCUUCAGACAAAGAAAAAACAGAAGCAUGUGUUUAUGUCUGGUUUGGAUGCCUUAUGUUAGUUUCAUCUAAACUCUAGCAGUUUCUCCUUAUAUAUAAUGCAACAAGCUUAUUUCAUUCUUAAUUAAUUUAUAACUUGCAUUCAGAGAGUUCCACAAGAAGUUACAAAUCUAUUUUUUAUUUCCUUUCAAAACAAAAGUAUUUUUUCCUGAAAAUAAUGAUUAACACAAAGAAGCUCAUGAAGAUGGCCAAGAAAUGGCAACAGAGAGCAGCCCUUCACAGGAAAAGGAUCUCGUUUCAAAGAUCAAACGCUGCUACUAGCUCGACCGCUACAGAGAAGGGAUGUUUUGUUGUUUACACAGCAGAUAAAACACGCUUUGCUUUUCCAUUAAGUUACCUUAGCAACUCUGUUUUUCAAGAGCUCUUGAAGAUAUCUGAAGAAGAGUUCGGCCUCCCGGCCGGUGGACCAAUCACUUUGCCAUUCGAUUCGGUUUUCAUGGACUAUUUAAUCAAACUGGUCGAAAGAAGAAUGGAUGGAGACACAGAAAAAGCCCUGCUAAUGUCAAUCUCUAGUGCUAGGUGUUCUUUACAAUGUUCUUUGAAACAACAAGAACAGAGUAAUAAUCAACAAUUGUUUGUAUUUUAGAGUUUUCAAAGAGAAACAUAGAUUUUUGUAAAGAUUCAGAUUUUUUUUUUGUGCUAACUAAGAUGUUAUUUGGAUA